AGUGUUCGAUCGAGUGUUGCACAAGGACACAAACUUAUGGACCGCCCUCAUCUCCGCUUGCGCCCGCUCCGAACCAUCUCAAUAUUCCCAGGCAAUCGGACUUUUCUCGCUCAUGACCCGGGAUUGGGGUCCGGAUGCUCGCCGGAACCACUUCACCUUCACAACCGUUGCCCGAGUCAUAUCUUCUGCCCCUGAACACAUUUUUACAUGGGAAAAACCCUCCAUGGAUACGUCAUCAAAUCUGAGGUGAUGUUGAAAGACGUUGUUGUUGAGACUGCAUUUAUGGAUAUGUAUGCAAAAUGUGGGGAUGUAGAAUGUGCUCACAAAUUGUUUGUUGAAAUGUGUUUAAGAAAUUUGGUUACUUGGAACGCUAUGUUAGCAGGGUUUGUACAUUCAAUUGCUCAUGUGUACUUUUCUUGCGGUCAAGUAACUCUGCUGAGAAAGUUUUGAGUGGAGUAGAAGGAGAUGUUGUUUCAAAGAUGAUAAAAAUUAGAGGAUGUGUUUAUAAUCAAAGAGACAGUGAGGUAUUGAAGCAUUUUUGUUUAGAAAAGAAUUGUGCUGAGAUUUUCUAUCGGAAUUACACUAUAAUUCUGCCAAUUUUAACUGCAUGCACGAAUCUGUCUUUGCACAGAGUUGGGAUGCAAGUCCAUAGCAUUUUUAUUACAUUAAUUGUUUCUUGUUUUCACUCUAAGUUUUCAGAGGAUAACGAAAUAAUUCUCGGAAGUGCAUUUAUUGAUAUGUAUAGCAAGUGUAGCUUUAUUGAUGAUGCUCAGAAAGUUUUUUAUCAUUAGAUGCCUGAAUAACGGGUUUCUCAUUGGAAUGCAGUGAUAUCUAGGUGCAUAUAUAAUGAUUUGAUAGAAGAUGCUAGGAGAUUGUUUGACAAUGAGCCUGACAAAAAUGUGGUUUCUUGGACAAGCAUGAUGACAGGGUAUGCACAGAAUGUUUGGCCACAAGAAGUCCUAAAGUUGGUUUAUAAAAUGUAUAGUGAUGAAGAAGGAUUUAAAGUAGAAGGAAAUUGCUUAACAUUUGUGGUUUGCCUUGAAGCCAUUAGCUAUUUAUCAGAUAUAGAGACGGGAAGGCAAGUACAUGCAAAGAUCAUUCGGAGAUUGAUGAGUGCCGAUACUCAUAAUGUGGUUGUUGGAACCGCUUUGAUCGAUUUGUAUUCAAAAUCAGGUAAGAUGAAGUAUGCUCAAAUAGCCCUUGACCGGAUGAGCGAGAAAAAUACCAUUGCAUGGACUUCUAUCAUCACGUGUUAUUUAGUUCAUGGGUUGGGUUUCCAUGCCUUGGAACUCUCUCAGCAGAUGAUGGAAACAGGCAAGGUAGAUGAAGCAUGGCGCUUGCUAGAGGAAAUUGAAGACACUGAAUUGGGAUAAAGACGCUCGUCUGGUACCAUUUUGGCAGCACUAUUGGGUGCUUGUUACGUACAUGGAAACAUGGAAAUAAGCAAGAGGGUAGCUAAAAAGAUGUUGCAACAAGUCUCUACUUCGCAUAUUACCCUUUCUAAUGUUUAUGCAUCGGCCGGAAUGUGGAAUGAAGCAUAUGGAGUGAGGAUGAACUGGAAGAAAGAUGGUGAUGAAAAUGCAAGCCGGGCCUUAACCAAAUCUGCACUCGUCCACAGGUUUACAGAUCUGGAUUUCUGGAGGUUUUAGAAAAGUGCAUAUUUAUCAACUCAAGUGAUUGGCCUUGUAAGAAAUUGCUUUAUUACUUGGUAUAUGAUGAAUUUGUUUCGGCCACCUAAAAUUGCUACUACGAAAAAAAUGCUCUUUUGUUUACAUGUAUAAUUUCCCUUUUUCUCCUCGAGGACGACUUGACAAUGUUUUACAUGGACCUCAAUGUAACAUGUUAAAAGAUGGAGAGCUAGAUCAAAAUUAAUGGGAUGGAUUUAGUUGUAUUUGAUUUUUCGGUUGAUGAACUGAAUACGGUGAAUAGGAUACACAACAAAGGAUUCAUAUAGCCUACAUCUAACAUAGACCACACUCACCACAGAGUCGACAAAUUAAAUGAAAACUUUGAAUUUCCUCGUAGUUCAUUUGAUAAAUUGAAUGUAACAUUAUCGUUCUAGAAAAAAGGCUAAUAUUGCAUAUCACAUAUAUGCUCAUUGUUCCUGAUAAGCCGCCAUACCAACCUCGAGCGUUAAUUAAUGGGCACCUUUUUCAUUUUUGAGCUCUAUCCUAAUAUCUACAUCCCGUGACAUUCAUAAAUAAUGCACUGACGUGAACUAAGUACCAAAAAGGCUGGCUGCUUGUUCUGUAGUUAUAUGUCUGUGAAUGACAAUAAGAGAAAUUCAUAAGCUUUAUCGAAUUCAUAAUAUUCUCUUAAUUCUUGUCCCACUAACUUCAUCUGAUGAAUAUUCCUUUAUGGGAUGUUUUUAUGGUACGUUAGACAGUAUCGUACACAAUUAAAGAGGAAAAAGAUUAAAAAAUUUGUCACUACUUUCCAAUCAAAAGUACCCUUACAGGACUAGACUCCUUACAUCACUAUAAAAGGCACAAAAGCUUGAAGAAUUUGAUAAGAUUGUAUAAAUAGCUAGUUAUCCAGGAUUUUACUCAUAUCUCUAGGAAACGUCAAAUUACAGUAUGUAUAGCCAGGGAAGAAGCAUUGCAAGGCAAUCCGUAGUUUUUCCCACAUCUUUUCUUUUUCUUUC